AUGCUGACCCUUCGACCCCCUCUCCUCCUGACCCUGCUGCAAUUAAUAGUACUUACGUAUUUAAGUGAUGGCAAGUACUAUGGGCACAAUCAACAACACCCUCAAGCAUACCAGCAGCAGAUGCAAAUGCAACACUUGCAACACAUGGGCAUGGGUAAUGAAGGCUACCCGCAACAACAAUACAUUGGCAAAAAUAUGCCCUAUAUGCAUUAUCCCCACUAUAGAAAGGAACUUCCCCAGAUGCCCGUGAUGAAAGGCAAUGAGAAGGCUCGCAAAGGGGGUGGCUAUAAUGGUGGCCAAGACAAAGGCCAGACAAUCCCAAGUGGUGCUGAAGGAAUUCCCCAUGCACAACCUGGUCCAGUUGGGCCACCUGGGCCAGAAGGACCUGUAGGUCCCCCUGGGCCUCCAGGCAAUGGCCAACCUGGACCAGCGGGGCUACCUGGACCUCCCGGUCAACCAGGAGUGCCGGGAAUGGGUAAACCAGGCUUACCAGGACCGCCAGGCAGACCAGGAGGACUCGGUCAGCUUGGACCACAAGGAGAAAUGGGACCUCGUGGUAGUCCGGGGCCUUUAGGACAACCAGGACGUCAAGGUCCGCCAGGACCACCCGGGCUUCCAGGAAUUGGUAAAGCAGGUGGCCAAGGACUGCCGGGUCAACCAGGGAUGAAAGGAGAGCCAGGUCACAAAGGAUUGCCUGGACUUCCUGGAUUACAAGGACCCAAAGGCGAUAAAGGAAUGGGACAGCCGGGGCAACCGGGUCACAAAGGUCUGCCGGGACCCCAAGGACCUGCUGGACCAAGAGGAUUACCUGGUUUUGGAAAACCAGGAUUAAACGGAAUGCCAGGCCCACAAGGACCUCCUGGAGAGAAGGGACAUCCAGGACUUAAGGGACUAAAUGGCCAACCAGGGGAACGAGGACCUCCCGGAUUGUCAGGUCUUCCUGGACAAGGAAAACCUGGUCAAAAUGGACAACCCGGACAGCCCGGAAUGCCAGGUGGGAAAGGUCACCCAGGGCCCCCUGGUUUACCAGGAAAGCCAGGACUACCUGGUUUUGGGAAACCAGGCCUUCAAGGACCAAAGGGUGAUAAAGGUCUUAAUGGGCCAUCUGGACCGCUAGGACCAAAGGGAGAUAAAGGCCACACGGGAUUGCCUGGAAUGACGGGACCUGCCGGGCCAAGUGGUCAGCCGGGCCCUCCAGGACCGAAGGGACCAUCAGGGGGCGUAGGCUUACCAGGUCCAAAAGGAGAAUGUGGAGAAGGUGGACCUAAAGGGAUCGACGGCAUUCGGGGUGACUCCGGUACACCCGGAUUGCCUGGCACUGAUGGUUUGCCUGGAGAACGUGGAACUCCAGGGCUGAGAGGUCCACAAGGACCAAGUGGUCCUAAAGGUGAAAGUGGACAUAAAGGCCUCCCGGGCACGCAAGGUCCAGCAGGACUUCCUGGACCGAAGGGAGAAGGUGGAUUUCCUGGUGAAAUAGGACCUCAAGGUCCGAAAGGAAUCCCUGGCAUGGAUGGUGUAGCAGGCCCUAUGGGACCACCUGGACUUCAAGGACCAAAAGGAGACUUUGGCAUUCCUGGUCCACCUGGAAUUGCCGGCGAGGGAAUUCCAGGUCAUCCCGGUCCUAUUGGACCUCGGGGGAAAGAAGGACCAGCAGGACCCCCGGGACAGAGCGGACCACCUGGACCCCCUGGCCCGCCAGGAGAACCUGGUGUGUCUCCUGACUUGGCUGGUGUGCUUUCCGAAAUGGGCCCUGGACUGGAUGGCGAGAAGGCUGGUGGCUAUGGUAAAAAGGGCAAAUAUGGAGGAAACAGCGCAGAAAUCAUGGGACUCAGCGGCUUGGAAAUGCCAGCGUUCACAGCAAUAGCCUCAGCUCCAUUCCCACCUGUGGGCACACCGGUUGUUUUCGAGAAGCCUCUGUACAACGGUCGCCAAAACUUCAACCCCGAAACAGGAAUUUUCACCUGCGAAGUCCCGGGCAUUUACUACUUUGCCUACCACAUUCAUUGCAAAGGAGCAAACGUGUGGGUGAGCCUGAUGAGGAACAAUGAGCCGGUGAUGUAUACAUACGACGAAUACAAAAAGGGAUACUUAGAUCAAGCAUCGGGAAGUGCGGUCUUACCUUUACAACAAGGGGACACUGUUUACAUUCAGCUACCAUCAGACCAGGCUGCAGGACUUUACGCUGGGGAAUUUGUGCAUUCAUCCUUCUCCGGAUUUCUCCUGUAUCCACUCUAA